AUGGCAAAUGCUGAACCUUUUGUAGAAGGCAGGUUAAAGCGCAGUCAGAUCGUGGUCUUCAGCAAGACUUACUCCCCCGAAGGCAUCAUAUGUGAGAACAUCCUCAAGGAAUACGACAGAUUUCUCCCUGGCGACGUAUUUGAGUGGGUUAACAUUGAAAAACGUUCAGAUUGUCCACAGGUUGAAGACUAUCUGUGGCUACUUUCUGGUAAGAACAACAGAGAAGUGCCUCUACUCUUCGUUAAGCGCCGUUGUGUGGGCGGGUACGAUGAAAUAGUACAGAUGCAUCAUGAUGGAAGGCUCGAAAGAAUUUUGAAAGGUCUUAGUCUAGGGGACGAUGACACAGAUGAAGAGUCAGAUCGCGGGAAAGAUGUUGAGACUUGUCAGGUUACCGUGCGUGUAGAAGAACUUGACGAGACGGAAGUGAUAAUUAGAGUUAACGAUUCUAUCAAUGAAGUAGAUUAUCAUGCAGAUUAUAAUGUCAGACUGGAUCAGGCAUCAUUUACUGAAAUACGUGAUUUGUUUAAACAAGAACAAGAAGAAAGGGGGCUGAAAGUGGACACGCCUCCUACAGGAAGCGAAGUGUCGGCUAUGGUUCCACUGUGGAUGCCAAUUGCCGGCACUCACAGCAAGCAAGCCGUAGCGGAGAUACUGUCGGAAGAAACAUCUCGUUUCAUUAUAAAGACCAAACGUGAAGGGAAAGGAAGCAGUACGACACAAGAGAGUACACAAGAGAGUACACGAGAGAGUGAAACCGUAACAGGUUCAGAAACUGGGACCGAUCAAACUGGCGGCUCUAAGUAA